CCCGCCCCGUUUCCCUCCAAGGAUGGCCCAGAAGGAGAACGCCCAUCCCUGGCCCUACGGCCGGCAGACGCACAUUCCAGCCCGGUCACCGGGACAAAGGCGCCUCAGAGUUGUCAACUGCUCCUUCUCAGGCUCAAUCGGGCCUGAACACCCUGCCCCAGAGAGUCCUCCGGAAGGAACCUACCACCCCAUCCGCGCUUGUCCUCAUGAGCCGCUCCAAGGCUGUUCUAGAACCUUCCAACGCCCAGCCCACAGCUGGUCAGAAGAUAAUGGACAACAGCAGUGGGACACCCAACUUCUUAAUGCGAUCCUUCACAAUUGACGACUUUGAGAUUGGGCGUCCUCUGGGCAAAGGCAAGUUUGGAAACGUGUACCUGGCUCGGGAGAAGAAAAGCCAUUUCAUCGUGGCGCUCAAGGUCCUUUUCAAGUCUCAGAUAGAGAAGGAGGGUGUGGAGCACCAGCUGCGCAGGGAGAUCGAGAUCCAGGCCCACCUGCAGCAUCCCAACAUCCUGCGUCUCUACAACUAUUUCUACGACCGGCGGAGGGUCUACUUGAUUCUGGAGUAUGCCCCCCGUGGGGAGCUCUACAAGGAGCUGCAGAAGAGCCGCACUUUUGACGAGCAGCGAACAGCCACGAUCAUGGAGGAGUUGGCAGAUGCUUUGAUGUAUUGUCACGGGAAGAAGGUGAUUCACAGAGACAUAAAGCCGGAGAACCUGCUCUUGGGGCUCCGGGGAGAGCUCAAGAUUGCUGACUUCGGCUGGUCUGUGCAUGCCCCCUCCCUGAGGAGGAAGACGAUGUGUGGCACUCUGGACUACCUGCCCCCAGAGAUGAUCGAGGGACGUACGCACAAUGAGAAAGUGGACCUCUGGUGCAUCGGAGUGCUGUGCUACGAGCUGCUCGUGGGAAACCCCCCCUUCGAGAGUGCUUCCCACAAUGAGACAUAUCGGCGCAUCGUCAAGGUGGACCUGAAGUUCCCCACUGCCAUGCCCCCGGGAGCCCAGGACCUCAUCUCCAAGCUGCUCAAGCAUAACCCCUCAGAACGGCUGCCCCUGGCCCAAGUCUCAGCCCACCCUUGGGUGCGGGCCCACUCUCGGAGGGUGCUCCCUCCCUCUGCCGUGCAGUCUGUCCCCUGAAUCGUCCCUGCCUUGAACUUGGGUUUUUCCUUGUGUGUAUGUCUGUGUACGUGUAGGGGGAAGGUAGGGUCUCUGGCCUGUUCCCUGAUCUGUCUUCUACCUCCUUUUUAUUUAAUAAAGGCUGAGGCUUUUUAAUACUGACGAGUAUAGAUGUUUACGGAUAGAGACUUGGCUAUAGAGGAAGCCGUCCUCAUGGGGAGGUGCUUGCCCUGGCUGUAGGGGGGGGCACUGCAUCACUGCCCAUGGUAACAGCCUGCUUCCUGCGCUGACGCCCCACGGGGGCAUCUCCCACCACCCAUCGCCCCCCGUCUUUUCUUUCCCCUGCUGUGACUCCCAGGGUCUGGGACUGCUGGGGAACCUCAGCCCCAUCCUGAUCAUCAGCCACAUGGGCCCAUUUUCUCUUAGGUGUUGCUGUCUCUUGUUUCUCUGACUCGAGGUUUUCCCUCUCCUGGGUCUUUCUCUUCCCCUUUGCUGACCUGGGAGCAAUUGGGCGUGGCUGUACCCUGGAAGUUGUCUUUUGUUUGUUUUUUUGUUGUGAUUAGAAUCACAGGACUGGAGCAAACAAGCCGCAGUGACGGUGGCAGCCUUCUCUCGUUCCUGCCUUAGGGGUCCACUGUUAAGUACGAGCCUUGCUGCAGGGUUUUGGUGGAUGCCCUUCCACAGGUUAGAGAAGGCUUGUUCUAGUCCUAGUUUGCUAAGGUGUUUUUGUUGUUUUUUAAAUCAUGAAUGGCUACUGACUUUUGUCCCCUCCAGUGCUUUUUUUGCUAUUUUUUGAGUAUUUGCUCUUUCAACCAAAGUGAUCAAGUGUAUCAAUAAAUGUUCUUAUGUUCAU